AAUUGUAGGAUUAAAAAUGAGAUAACAAUUCUGUGUUGAGUCAAAGUCGGGAUAAAUUUGAAUGCGAUUUUUAAUGUAAAAAAAAUAGUUAUUUUUUUGUUAUUAUGUUAUGGGUUGGUAAAUUUUGCAAGAGUAAAAUUUCCGCGAUUGGGUGACGUCAGAGUGGGUUUGUCUCUGAAGUGAGAUAGAUAUAAGGGUGAGUUGAUGUGUGAGUGAGAUGAGAGUUGAGACGUGUCACGUUGGUUGACGUUUAAAAUUCCGAACGGCACUGUAGCCACUGCAACGCGCAGCCCCAAAGUCGGCCGGCUGAAGCAAUAUGGAGCUUAUUUCGUGUGUGAAGUGUCGAAUGGGAUCGUUAUUGUAAAUAUUGUAAAUGUUUGAUGUUGUAGGUGGUGACCGGUGCGAGAGCCCUCCAGUACCAUGGGAAAGCUACUGUCGAAGAUCUUCGGCAACAAGGAGAUGAGGAUACUGAUGCUCGGUCUGGACGCGGCUGGGAAGACAACGAUUUUGUACAAGUUGAAGCUGGGGCAGUCCGUGACGACGAUUCCCACAGUGGGCUUCAAUGUGGAGACUGUGACCUAUAAAAACGUGAAGUUCAAUGUGUGGGACGUCGGGGGGCAGGACAAGAUCAGGCCCUUGUGGCGCCACUAUUACACGGGGACUCAGGGCCUGAUUUUCGUGGUGGACUGUGCUGACCGCGAUCGCAUCGACGAGGCGCGUCAGGAGUUGCACAGGAUUAUCAACGACCGGGAAAUGCGCGAUGCAAUAAUUCUCAUCUUCGCCAAUAAACAAGACCUGCCGGAAGCCAUGAAGCCCCACGAGAUCCAGGAGAAGCUGGGUUUGACCAGGAUCCGGGACCGCAAUUGGUACGUGCAGCCUGCUUGUGCCACUACGGGGGACGGCCUAUACGAAGGCCUCACUUGGCUCACCAGCAACCACAAGUUAUAGCACCCCAAUUCGCAUUCGUUUUAGUACAUGACUGCUACGGAGCGCUAUUUCAUUAGUUUUGAGGAAAUUCUUCAGGAACGAACGAGUGUCAAUACACAUUCCAACUGCCUAUGCCCUAGGAUGGUUGUGAUUUUCACAAAUCCAUGAAGAAUACCUCAUAUUUUGUAAAUAAAUUCAAUUGUAUUAUGUAUUAACAUUCAUUGUUUUAUAUUGUAAAAUAUUGUUGCUGCAUUUAAACUUAAAGUGAGCGUUAAAAACUUCGUGUUCUUUACAUAUAUGCAUACCGUCAUAGGAAUUAUUUAUUGUUUCAUUUGUAAAUGAUGAAUAUAGGUGACGAUUUUAGGUGAUAUCUGUUCAAUAUUAGUUCAACUACUCAUGUAUUUAUUAUAUUUUCUAAUUUGG